AUGAUUAAUGUUCCCCUCUUUUUUCUGCCUUUUUUCAAGUUGGAGCUGCAGCCCUGCUGUGUGUUCCUCCCCAAUGACAGCCUCCCUUCUCCGAGCACUAUCAUCUGUGGCGACAUUCCCGGCACUGUGCGUAGCUGGUACCACAACCAGACCUCCAUGCCUGGGACUCUGGUAGUUUGCCUGCCUCAGAUUAGUAUCCUCAGUGCUGGGCAUAAGUACAUGGAACCACUACAGGAGCUCCCCUUUGUGGUCUCAAAGCCCAUCUUGGAAGAAGGUGAUGCCUUCCCAUGGACGAUCAGCCUGAGUCAGUUCAGCAUAUACACAUUGUUGGGCCAGCAGCAAAGCCUGAGCCUGUUGGAGCCGAUGGGCUGCACUUCCACACUAGCUGUCACAUCCCAUAAGCUGCAGAGCUCCGCUGAAGGAAGGCACUCCUUUGUAGUGUGCCUCCAUGUUGAUCUACAGCCCGUCCACGUCAAGUGCUCCAACCCUCAGGUUCAGUUGUUGUAUGAGCUCUUCCUCAGCUGGAGCUCAACGUGGGCUCGUCUCCAGAGGCAUGGCAUUUUGCGUCAGACGUCCAACAUCCCAGACCCGCCUGCCGGUGCCGCUCCAUCCUCCCCUGUACGCAGCAGCGCUGGCACCGCCCUGCCUGACACCAGCACCUGCAGUCCUUCUGCAGACUUUGGCUCCCCCACUGAGGGCGACUCGGUGACUGCAGGAGAUGACGGUCCGUUUGCAGACACGGUGACACUGGAGCAGAAAACUAGCAGCAUUGGUGGAACCAGUGGGAAGGUCAGCCUUUGGAUGCAGUGGAUGUUGCCCAAGGUCACAGUUAAACUGUUUGCUCCUGAUCCCACUGCCAAAAAGACAGAGAUCUGCGUCAUCAGUGAACUAGAAGACCUGAGUGCCUCUGUGGAUGUCCAAGAUGUCUAUACAAAGAUCAAAUGUAAAGUUGGCAGCUUCAACAUCGACCACUACAUAUGCAGUAUGGAGGAGGGUGUUCGGAGCUCGGGCGGCUGUGGAGGAGUGGUCCUUUCUUGCACUGACAAGCUGAACAGACGCACUGUGUUGGUUCGACCCGUCAGCAAGCAAGAGUCUUUCAGCCACUUCUCUGGCUUUUUCUCUCCUACGGCAGCUAAAGUCCUGGAGGGCUCUCACCAGCAGCACGGCUUUCUGUCAAUCACCUACACGCAAGCUAUCACCAAAAAUGUCCGUCAUAAACUCACCACUCGGCCUGAGCGGCCAACCCGCAGCAGUGCUACCAUUGCCAAUCAGCAGGUGACCACUGAUCCUCUGGCAGACAGCUCGCCGCUGUACCUGAGAGAAAUCCUGCUGACAGCCCAGCCGUUUGAUGUGGUUCUGUCCUGUCCCUUACUGGCCACUGUAGCAGGAGUGUUCCAGGCGAAGGUACCAAGACGCUACAGAGAGCGUGGGAAAUCAGCAGGUCAGCCAAUGAGAAGCCACACGUUGACCUCUCGAUGUCUUCCUCUCAUCUACAUCAACACAAGUGUGAUCAGGGUCUUCUGCCCUGGGACACAAGACAAACAGCUUGGGUCAGAUUCCCACAUGAAGAAGGAAGACACCUUGGUGUUGAAGCUAGGCUCCCUCAGUAUGGCUCCUCAGGCUGAUAACCCGCUGACCCGCACUGUGCUGCGAAAAGACAUCUACCAUCGUGCAUUGAACCUUGGCAUCCUUCGUGACCCGGGCUCAGAGGUGGAGGAUCGUCAAUACCAGAUCGAUCUUCAGUCUAUCAACAUUGGGACUGCUCAGUGGGAACAGCUUAAACCAGAAAAGGAGGGAAUCAAAGGAGCUACAUCAGCAGAGAGUGAGAGGAGCUCCCAGAACCCUGCGCUGGAGUGGAACAUGGCUAGCAGCAUCCGGAGACACCAGGAGCGCCGGGCCAUCCUCACGCCGAUCCUGACUGACUUCUCUGUCCGGGUCACUGCUGCUCCAGCUAUCAUCUUCAGCAAGACCCUGUCCCCUGACAGUGGACAGACAGAGGAGGUGGUGGUGUGUGGCCACUCUCUGGAGGUUAAUGUGACUAGCAGUCUGGAUUUCUACCUCAGUAUUGCUCAGGUCCACCUCCUUCAUCAGCUUCUCAGAGACAACAUGGUGGGGAUGGACGCUCCAGAGAAAGGCUUUGAGCUGCGUCGGCAUGAGCAGACGCGAGGUGGUCGAGACCCCGUAGCGGGCGCUGACUCUUCAUCGCGACACAGUGGGACUGGACAGGACAGCGGCUUCGGCAGCGACAGCGCUCGCAUCCGUAUUGUGCAAAUCGAGCAACAAAGUGGGGCCAGUCACCACUGCAUUGCCAGACCCUCCCACAAGUCCACCAUUACCAAGAACCUAAGCUUUAUCCCCUUUGACAUCUUUCUCACCGCUAGUAGGCUGUCUGUGAUGACCUAUGCUUGCUCCAGCCCUCCAAAGGCAAUUCCCUCUCUGUCGGAUACUCCUGGCACACCGGAAAAGAUGCAGCCUGGGGAUAAGGUUGGAAAGAGUGCCCUCAACCAGCCUGAGACCAGCCUCCAGUCUGAGUCACAUUCAGCCUCGGCAUCCCCAACUCCAGAUCUGCCUCCAGCUACCCAGAGUUCACUUGCUGGCUUGACUGCUGAGGACAUCCUCAACAGCAACACCUCCCAGCCGGCCUCUCCACUGCUGAGAGGCAGCCUGCUCUCCCUGGAUGGCCUGCCUACUCCGACACGCUCCUCAGCCCGUCAAGCACUUGGUGUAACCAUAGUUAGGCAGCCUGGGAGAAGAGGGGCUGGCGACCAGGUGUUGGAACCCCUCUUGUACCUACAGGUGAUGCAACCUUCUGCCCUUCUCAGCUGUCACCACCGCAAACAGAGGAUGGAGCUGUCUGUGUUUGAUGUGUCCUUAAGAGGAGUAGCUGCUGACUACAAGUGUCUAGACCCAGGAAAGACUCUACCAGAAUCUCUGGACUACAAUGUGUUUUGGCUGCAGACAGUAGCAGGAGAGGUGGACAGUAAAACGGGGAUUCCUCCCCCUCUGCUCUGCCUCCAGAUUAAAGAUUUCUUAAAUGGACCAGCUGAACUGAACAUGGAGCUAUCACGUCCCUUGAAAAUCAGUCCCACUUUGGCAAAGCUGGAGCAGGCCAAAGCUUACCUGAAUAAAAUCCUACCGAACUAUACAUGGGACAGCUCAAGUAAACCACCGUCUGCUUCCUCCACCCCUCAUUCUUCCCCUGCAAAGACACUUCACAGGGCCUUUCCUCCUCGUGCAGACAAACAGCAUCAGGCCUCAGCCCUGGGUAAAGCCAGCAGUGUUGGGGCGCUGGCACUCACCUUUCACAAGGUUUCUCUUCGGACUGCUCAGAUUUUAGUGGUUAUGGAGACUGACACUCAUCCAAUGAGGCCCAGCAUGACAGUAUCAGUGUCAGCCAUGGCAGGAAGUCUGAACAUGAAGCCAGGGUCUAGGAUAGAAGAUGCCAUUCAGGCCGCCUCUGUGCUGCUCGAGGUAAAAGAUGUGUUGGUGAGAACUGGACUAAAGGAGCGGAGCCGUGCACUGUUGGGACCAUUUUCCUGCAGCAGUUCCUUAGAGGCUCGUUGGUGUCGCCACAGUGGCAGCCCUGGACCCGAGCCCGGCCCCCCCAAACUGCUACUAGACCUGAAUGGAGGCCUCCUGCAGGUCUUUUGGGGCCAGGAACACCUGAACUGCCUGAAGCUGAUAGAGGAGCACCUCCGUGCCUACUUCCACCUGCAGAAAGGGGAUUCAGCUGAAAGCUGUGCUAAAGGCAAGGCCUGCCACACCCAGCCACCCCCGUCUCCAGGCUCUCCCUCUCCUCGGACAGAGCACAGCUCAGAUGACUUACGCACAGGACGUUUCCAGUAUAUCCAGGACUCAGCUUCACAGAGACUGCCAGGUCCACAUGAGGUGGUGUUUUACAGCGAGACAGACGAUACCCCAGGGGUGAUGUUGUGGAGAUACCCAGAACCUCGUGUCCUUACCUUUGUCAGGAUAACACCUGUUCCCUUCAACACCACAGAAGACCCUGAGAUCAGCACUGCAGACCUGGGAGAUGUCUUGCAGGUACCAUGCAGUCUAGAGUACUGGGAUGAGCUCCAGCAAACCUUUGUUCCAUAUCGGGAGUUCAGCCUAUCAGAGAGCUGUGCCUGCCAGCUGCAGUUGCCCAGCCUCAGCCUCACCAACCAGCAGAAGGAGCUGGUGGCCUCAGACCUGUGGAGGAUAGUACUCAAUCAUAAUGGAGAUGGAGGAGAUGAACAGAGUUCAGAUAGUGACUGUGGGUCCCAGUUACCCUGCGAUCAGCUGGUCUCUCCGAUUGCACUGGCAGCCUGUACCCGAGUGGACUCGUGUUUUGCACCCUGGUUCGUCCCGUCCCUGGGUGUGUGCCUGCAACUAGCACACCUGGAAGUUCACCUCUGUCAUCACCUAGAACAGCUGGGUACAGCUCCAUCUCGGCAGCUUCAUCCCUUCCUGCCAGACCGGAAAUUACCUCAAGAGCAAGAGUUCACGGGGAUAGGUGCUCGGCAGCCACGAGUCUUCUUGCGACAGUGGAGCUACGGACCACGUCAUUGUCAGGAGUUCAGUUUUUCCUCUCAGCUAGAUUGCAAGCUGUUGGAGUACCGAAACUUAACACACCUUCAGCUUCUACAGCCGUGUCUAUUACAGGGCCAGGCUACAGCAACCUGUUGCCCCCAAAACACCUCUUUUGAUGUGAAUGUGUUUGUGGAUCCAGUGGCACUUAAUGUCAGCCAGUAUGCCAUCCACACUGUAGACACUGCCCUGCACAGCUGGCAACAGAAUGGAAACGCAGAGGCUGAGGAGCUGCUCUACAGCCACUAUGUUAUCUGUAAUGAUACGCAUGAGACGCUGCGCUUUGGUCAGGUGGACACUGAUGAGAACGUGCUCCUGGCCAGCCUCCAUAGCCACCAGUACAGCUGGAGAUCCCACAAAUCCCCUCAGCUGCUGCACAUCUGCAUCGAAGGAUGGGGGAACUGGCGCUGGUCAGAGGCCUUCAGCGUGGACAACGUAGGGACUCUGCUUAGGACCAUUCAGUACAAAGGACGCACCGCCUCUCUCAUCAUCAAGGUCAUACAGCUCAAUGGUGUCCAGAAACAGGUAAUAAUCUGUGGGCGGCAGGUCAUGUGCAGCUACCUGACUCAAGACAUUGAGCUGCGAGUGGUGCAGCACUACGUGGGGCCCGAUAGCCAGACGGUAGUCAGGGAAUACUGCGACUGCCUGGAAGCAGGAGCCAAGCUGCCAUCCUACGUGCUGGAGGAUGCCGAGAUGACAGAGCUGUGUGUAAGGGCUCGAGGAGACGAUGAGUGGUCACAGGAUGUUCAGCUGGAACGGAGGGAUAGGAGCAGCAGCAGCUUUGUUGUACAGGUGCCUUGUUCUAAUGGCUCAUUGCUUUAUGUUCUGUGCACACUCAUCACAAUCGAACCCAACUCUCAUAUGCAGCAAAGAGUGGUGGUUUUCAGUCCACUGUUUGUCAUGAGGAGCCACCUGCCGGACUCUCUAAUCGUUCAUAUAGAGAAGAGGAGCCUCGGACUGCGAGAAAGCCAGCUAAUACGUGGACAGGGUCACCAGGAGCCCCUGCUAAACACGGAAGCUGACCUCACCCACCAUCUCACUUUCCAAGCCAGGGAAGAUGAAGAUGCUUCGCACUGCGCUGUGCCCAUCUCCACCAGCCUAAUCAAGCAGAUACUGAAUAAGACUGGAAACGAGGACAACCCAGAAAACAUCUUGGCUGAUUUCUAUGGUCCAAAGAGAAGCAAUGAGCCUCCAUGGCCUUAUGUCAUCAAAGACGCUGACAGGUCAGUGCUCGAGCCUCUUGCACAAUGGGACAGUCCUAUGCAGGUGAAGCUCUCCUGCUGGAAACCUGGUCUAAACACGCUCCUGGUGGAGCUGCUCCCCUGGGCCUUACUGGCCAAUGAUUCCCAAUGGGAUCUCUGGCUUUUUGAGGGAGAGACCAUCGUACUGCAGAUACCAGCCGGCAAGGUCAUUGUACCGCCCAACUUCAAGGAAGCAUUCCAGAUUGGUAUCUACUGGGCCCAAACUAACACUGUCCACAAGUCUACAGCCCUGAAACUAGUUCAUGACCUAACUUCUCCUCGGUGGAAGGAGGGCUCAAGCUCAGAGGUGGUCACUCUGGAUGAGGAGGGAUAUGUUGAAGCAGACAUCACACUGGGAGCCUUCCCUGGUAAACAGAAGCUGUGUCAGUUCUGUGUGUCAUCUGUGGUGAGACAUGGCAUCCAGAUCUUGCAGAUAGAGGACAGGACAAUUCUUGUCAACAACACUCCUUACACUAUACACUACAGGCCCCUGCUGAGUGACCACGCACUGGCAGCUGAUGACCAGAUCUGUGAGAUACCAGAGACGGCCACGUUCACACUUCUUCCCCCUGAGAAUUCAUCCCAAGCCAAACCGUGCUCAGUGCCAUGCUGGGACCUCCUCCAAACCAGCGUCCAGGGAAUGGUGGAGUUCCCUUUGCCACUCAGACACAUGCUCUUCAGCUUGUUUCCAAGGCCUGACGCCGGUGUUGGAUCUGCAGCAUGGAGCCUUCCCGCUCCCAUCCGGCAAGACUUCCCCAGGCAGAGUUUAUCUGUUCCCAGGGAACCAGACUCAGGGGGUGGCCUGAGCAGCAGAGCAAUAGUCCUGACCUAUCAGGAGCACCUUGGAGUGACAUACAUCACCCUUAAUGAAGACCCUUGUCCCCGCAUGCUAAUCCACAACAAGUGUCCUAUCCCACUGCUUUUAAAGGAAAAUGUCAAAGAAACUCCAAGGACUGAGGUGUACUGUCGUGCUCUGCCUGCUAACUGUUCCCUGCACCAUGAACUCUGUUACCACUUUUCCAGUUUCCCAGAGUGCAAGCAGAAAGAGAUGCUGCCCACAUUGCUGCUGAAAAACACCUCGGACCACAGCACCACCGACUGGACAGACCCCAUAGAUAUCAACUGCCCUGGCACUCAGGUGGUGUUCCUGCCAGGCUUCGGCUGUCUCUACAUAGACGUGACCUAUGAGAAAGGCACCCUGGUUCUGUCUCUGGCACCAGAGGGCAGCGUGGACACUGUAAUCAACCAACACAGCAGGUCUUCCACGCUGUCUGUUUGCAUCCUCCUGAGUGAGGCCAGCAUGGUGCUAAGUGAUGAUAUCACCAGUCCCACCAGUUCGGUGGAGCUCCUGAGACUCACAUUAACCAAGCUACUCCUAAGCCUGGCUCCCACGCCUAUCUCCCUGCCCCCGGAGCUAGCCGUUGACCCCUCUCUGGGUACAGCAGCCAUCCCAGCUCUGCUGUGUGACUCAUCUCUCAUCGAGGUGUGGUGCUCCAGUCUGCAAUUGGACAACCAGUUGUAUAACCGGGCAAGUUUCCACUUCCCUGUGCUGCUGUGCCAAGAUCAGAGAGGGGGAGUUGAACCUGGGAGUCUGUGGAGCCGUGAUGCCAACCCCACUGAGUCCCUUGAAGCAAUGAAUGAGUUCAAACGCUCCUGUUUUCUGCAGAUGAGGCUGACGCUGGCUGGGGACAGAUGCACGGUGGAGGAGGUUUGA